AUGCUUUUUCUUUUCAUAGAAUCUAUUGGUAUAUGCUCUGAUGGUGAUAAGACCACCUACAGAACACUUUUCUUGAUUACAUUUGGAUCAGGUUUAAAUACAUAUUCCCAAAAAGUGCCCUCUGAUUUUAACGUCACUACAUCUUACAGUCAGGUAUUUGGUGGUGGUUUAUCAUCUGAUCAAUUUGGUUUUGUGAAUGCAGUUCCCAGUGGUAAUCAGUUUUGGCAUAGUGGAGCAUUAGAUCAUACAUUGAAUGAUGCAAAUGGGUACAUGUUUCUUGUCACUGUGAAUACUGGCAAUCUUCAGCUGAUCAGUUACAAAAUCAAUAAUCUUUAUAUUGGUUUACAAUAUGAAUUUACCGCUUACUUGGCAAAUGUUUUCACAAAAGCACGUAUUAGCGGUUUUAUUAUAGAUGUUAAUUUUGAAGUUCGAGCAGCUACAACUAAUGGUCCUUUACUCGCACAAUAUAAAACAAUAGGACUAACUACGUAUGAUAGCAUGACUUGGUCAAAGCAGAGUGUUUCAUUUACAGCUACACAUAGUUCAGUAGUACUAUUGAUGAUUUCAACCAAUGGAUUUAUUAGAGGAUAUGGUUUAGCCAUUGAUGAUAUCGAAUUACGUGGUUGUUCUACUAUGGAAUCUUCUUUCUCUUCUACGGGUUAG